CGCCGCUGGGCUUGAUUUCACCCGUCUCGAGACCAGAUCCUCCGUCUGCCCGCGUCAACUCUGGAUCCGUUUCGAUUGCGAUCUCAGCCAUCCGGGUGCUGCGCCAAUUCCGCCCACAAUGUUCUCCGUCGCACGCCAGUCUGCCCUCCGCGUGGCUCGAACUCGGCUUAGCCAGCCGCAACCCACCAUCGUGCCCCAGUACUCGGCCUUUGCCCGUCUCGCAUCUACCCUCGCCAUCCUCGAGCAAAAGGAGGGCAAAAUCUUGCCUCAGUCAUUGGCCGCCAUCACAGCUGGAACAAAGAUUGGAGGCUCAAUAACGGCCUUUGUUGCUGGAAGCGGGGUCAAGUCUGCCGCCGACGAGGCCGCCAAAGCCAAGGGAGUAGAGAAGGUCGUCUACGUAGAGAAUGGCGCAUACGACAAGUCUCUCCCCGAGAACUAUGCGCCCCUCCUGGUAGAGAACAUUAAAAAGGGCGGAUACACACACGUCAUUGCUGGCCAGUCGGCGUUUGGCAAGAACAUAAUGCCCCGUGUCUCGGCGCUCCUCGACUCGCAGCAAGUAUCAGACAUCACUGGCAUUGAGAGUGAAGAUACCUUUGUUCGCCCAAUCUACGCCGGCAACGCCAUCAUGACGGUCCAGUCGUCCGAUAGCACCAAGGUCAUUACCGUGCGAGGCACCGCGUUCCCUGCGCCAGAGACCGAGGGCGGAAACGCAACCGUCGAGGAAGGCGUCGACCCCAAGGCCGAGUGCCUCACCGAGUGGAUAUCUGAAGACCUCCAAAAGUCGGACCGCCCUGAUCUCGGCUCAGCAGAAAAGGUUGUGUCGGGAGGACGCGGUCUCAAGUCCAAGGAGGAGUUUGACAAGCUCAUGACACCGCUGGCAGACGCGCUCGGUGCGGCUAUCGGUGCGUCAAGAGCAGCGGUCGACAGCGGUUUCGCCGACAACAGUCUGCAAGUCGGCCAGACUGGCAAGAACGUUGCGCCGCAGCUCUACCUUUGCGCCGGUAUCUCUGGCGCCAUUCAGCAUUUGGCGGGUAUGAAGGACAGCAAGGUCAUUGCCGCGAUCAACAAGGACCCCGAUGCGCCAAUCUUCCAAGUUGCAGAUGUUGGCCUUGUCGGCGACCUGUUUGAAAAAGUGCCUGAGCUGACAGAGAAGCUCAAGUCGCAGUAGAGAACAAAUAGAUACCAGAAUUAACGCAUGUACAAUACAAGACGUAUAUACACUAGCGCCAGUAGAGCAGGCCGUCACAAGGCAUUUCCAC